AUGGCACGCAGCAAGACCGACAGCGUUCGAGGCCGCUCGCCCGGCGCAGCAAGUGAGCGUCGCGAGUCAAAGCAGGGCGAGCUUAGCGUGGACGAGCAUGACUCUUCUGGUGUUCAAGUGGCCCAGACCAACGCUCCGGCGAGAACGAGCAAGAGACGGAAACGCAGCGAACUGUCACCUUCGUCCAAGGCUACGCAUAGCAUCAUCGAGAAGGAACGUCGCGAAGCGAUGAAUGAAAAGUUCUCAGAGCUUGCUGCCAAUAUUCCGGAACUGGUCGAGGCAAUCGCAGCUGGUAAGCGGCCCACGAAAGGCGAAAUUGUCAAGGCGAGCAUCGCGAGGCACCAAGACCAGGAGCGACGCGUUCGCGAGCUACUGCACGAAGUUGAAAUGCUUCGAGCACAUAACGGCGUUGGUACGCCGACGCACACCAGCUUUGGCGGCCUAGAGGCACGUAGCCCGAUGACAGCGAUAGCACCAGAGCCCUUGAUGCCAACAACACCGACGAUUUCGCUGCCAUAUCAAAUUCAAACGUCGCAGCCGAUCGGGUUGGCGACCGGUGCAGCACAGGGCAACCUGUGGGUGGGUCAGCUACUCAACAAGACGCACCAAUCGCUCUCGUUUGAAGCAGUGCAGACUGUACCUCUGCUGCCGGACAUGAUGCAGCAACCUGUAUCGCCAUUCAAGCAGACAUCCAUGAUGAACUGGAACCUCUCAUCGUUGCCGCAGCCUGUGGAUGCUGCGUCGAUCAGUCUUGGCUUUGCCACGUCCAACGUGUACAAGUCGUUGAUGGAUAGUGCAACGCUCGACCAGCUCGGUCGUCGCGAUAGCGGCGCUAGUGGACGCACGUCUACAUCGGGCUUUUCCUCGCCCACAUUCACCUCGUCCUCCGACACCGACUCGACGUUCAGUAGCGAAGCUCUCGAAACCAGCCUGGAUGAGCGAAGAUUUUUGGCCGAAAGCAUGUCGUUUGAGCCGUUUGCUUUGGCCACGAGCCUGGCAGAGCAGACGCCGCUGACGUCGCUCGUCGGCCUGCCAGCAGCCACUGCGGACCUAGCUAGCGUCUCGACCCACUCGAAAGCGCGGCGCGUCACGCUCGCCCGCCGUACACGCAAGGACGAGCUGAAAGACGACGCUCUCGCAUCCUCCCCACUCACCACUUCGCUCGCUGCUAAUACCUAA